AUGUUCAAUUCUCAACAAAAAAAGUACAAUUACCAUAUCAGAAAUCGCAAGGAAGAAUUGAGUUUUGACAAACCGAUGGAUAUGCUAUCAAGAAUUUCAAUGCCGCUUCGUCCACGAAAUGAUAUUCAACCGAUUCCGCCGAAAGAGAGGAAAUUCAUUGAAUAUGAUAGCAUUGAAGAGACUACUGUCAUUAAUUCCAUCGAAUCACCUCCAUUACUCCCCGAGAAUAAACCGAAUGAAAUAGAAAGUCUUAACGAAUUGUCGGUUGAAACAUGGGAAAAUGUCGAUGAAAAUCGGCCACUGAGAAUCAAAGUCGAUGAAAACAAAGAAUAUUAUGGCACUGUACGAUUGAAUACACGGUGUAUUUAUCCGGAGCCGGAAACACCACCAGUUCUCACCGAUGCCCAUCCACAUAGAAAACUAUUAAACAUCGGAAAUUCCUGUUACAUGAAUGCAAUAUUUCAAGGAUUAUCAACGAGCGAGCCAUUUAUGGCUCGGGUCCGUCAAUCUUUUCAAUACGCAUUUGCGUCGAUGAAGAACGAGACGAAAGCGAGAUGUAAUGAAAGUGAAUCCUUCAAUAAACUUGCUAAAGCCGUACAUUACUCAUCGAAAAUUUUGUUCUCGAUCAAAAAUGACUUCAACGAGCUCGCAUCUCAAAACUUGGAAACGGUUUCCCUCGAUACUUUAGAAUCUGUGCGUGAAAAGUUUGGUGCUCUCAAUCCGGCAAUGGCGACGUGUGAUCAGCAGAAAGAAACGGGUGGUAGUGCAUUCGCAAAUCCAACAAAAACAUUCACCGUUGCAAAUGAAACCAAAAUUACUUGCCUUCACUGUGGGGAAUCGCGGGUUCGCAAACCGAGUUAUUCGCCAGAUCUGAUUGUUUCUAUCAAAGCCGAUCAAAGUCUUCAAAGUAUAAUUACUGACAAUUUUCCGUGCAAUUAUGAAAGCGACAUAAAAUGCGAAAAAUGCGAAAUGAAGGGUUGCACGAUUGCAGACAGGAUGAGCGGUUUUCCACAAACCCUUAUCGUGACCCUUAAAAGAUACGAAAUGUCGAAGAACGCGUUCAUGCAAAAGAGCGGAGAUGUCAUUGAUGUUCCGUCGAUUUUAUAUUGCAAUGAGUUGAGCGACUUCAAAAAAGAACCACAGAAUAUCCUAAUAGAACCUGCUGAGAAACCCGAAUCUCCGGAUAAACCAUUGUAUGAGCGCGAGUGUACUUCUUCGAAAUCUGCAGAGCUUCCUGAAUUCAUGAAUCCUGAUGAUCCUGAGGUUGAAGUUGAUCUCGAAGUCAACACUUCGAGCUCGACGAUCAAUGAAGAACCGCUUGCAACGGAUUUCAAUCAAUCAAGAAAUAGUUGCAAAAUGUUGGGAGGUUCAGAUAAUGAAGAUCCGUUUUCUGCGAAUUCGAAAAAGACUGACCACGAAUCUGGAGAACUCGAGAUUAUACAUGAAAAGAAUGUCGAAUUCUUGGAAGCCAAUCGAAAAUUAUUCGAGGCACUCGUUCAUAAAACGUAUUCGUUUGAAGCAUUUGUUAGAAAAUCCAAGGAAAAUGCUGAAUGGGUUGACGAAGUUGUUAUUCAAUCAAUGUGCACAUUUCUGAAUAUCAAUAUUUCAACAUUUGUUGAAGAUCGUUGGGUUCAUUUCAAUCCGCAGACGAGCGAAUCACCGGAAAAACGAUUUAAGAAACCAGAACAAUCGAUAUAUUUGAACAACAAACAAGGCGUUCAUUAUGAUCCGGUACUAUCAUUCGAAUUUUCGCUUUCAUCUAGGAGAGCCAAGCGCAGUACACCACAAAACAGCAAUGAGGACGAUGAUAUGCCGAAAUCAAAGAAAGUCUCGCCUAUCGACCGAAAUGUUGAAAUGGGAUCUUCAGCGAAUUCAAGAAACGCGAGAUCGACAAGAUUCACCGGUUCCUACAACGAAAACAAUAGAGUUAAAGAAGCCGUCGUUGAUUGGGAAAAAGCGAACGGAGCACCGGUUUAUAUUCUGGCAUCCGUAGUUUGCCAUAGAGGAUCAUCUCUUCAUAGCGGACAUUACGUGGCGUACAUUAUGGAUAAGGCGGUGAAUACUUGGCUUUGUUGCUCAGAUGACGAUAUUAUGGAGGUUUCUGAAGCGCAUGUGUUACGGAGGGCCUCUGAAGGUGGAUAUUUAUUCUUCUACAACAAAGUUGAUAAACAAAUGGACUAG